AUAUCCCGAACUACGUCAGCAGCAGCAGGAGCUGAAGCAGCAGCGCCACACCGGGGUUUAGGAAUGGGUGACGAGGAAUGAUCACCACCACCAGGAAAAAUCACCAAGAACCGUCAAAUGCACGGAUUAAGAUGUGACUGCCAGUAAGGCGUUUUCGCGUUUACGAGUCGAGUCCAGGAGAACUGUUUUGGGGAAACUUAAAUUUUGCCGGAGGUCCUCUGUCAACCCGAGCGUUGCUGUUUUAAAGCGAGUCUGUUGCAAAUCCUUGGAUGGCUAGCGGAGCUAACCUAGCCGAGUAACAAUUAGCCUGUCCAUUUAGCUAUCCUGGUUACUGGAGCCGCGGUCUGUGAGAGGACACCAGCUCCAAACGCCGCUGUCGUUGCGGUAGUUUUAGUCGUGUUAUUAUUCGGCAGGCCGUUUGUAGACGUUGGAGUUUGCCCUUCUGUUUGUACAGUGGAUGGGCAGUUUAACGGGCGCUCAUUGUCACUGCGCGGGCGUAAGGCUUUGCUUUCGGGGCGGCUAGGUUUGUGCUCGGCCGGGCAACCAGCGCAGUGUUUGUACAAAUGUGGCAGUGACAGCCAACUGUGUCCCACUGUGUCUGGGGCCGAAGUUUGUAUUCUUAAAUUCAUAACCGUUUUAUCAUUGAAUGCUGUAGUUACACGGGGAAGGGAAAAAUAUACAGUAUUGUCAUGGUAGCCCGUUUGCAACAUUAGCUGCGUUUAGCUCGCCAAGUAAUAUCAGCCUCUCUGGAAAGUGCUGCAAAUAAAAUGGUAAUUUGCACCGUCGUUGAAUAUCGUACAUGUUUAUGGCCAUGUUGUGUUGUAAAUCUUCUGUGAUCAGCUGUCAGACCCCGUAGACUGAUGAUUUAGACGUUGUCGAAGCUGUCACAUUUUUCAUACUGUUUCACCCUCGACGUGGAACGGCCGUAUUCUCCAGCGAACUUGGUUAACAGCGUCUGGAAGUAACUCUUGAGUGUUUUUCAUUUAAUUGAUAAAUUAGUGUGAGGUGUAGCCCGGCGCCCCUUGUCACACGGGCUUUUUAGCUCAUGUGGUGAUGACUUUAGACUCCAUGAUGGCUUGUUGCCUGAGUGAGGAGGCGAAGGAAUCCAAACGAAUCAACGCUGAGAUCGAGAAACAAAUCCGGCGAGACAAGAGAGAUUCAAGACGGGAGCUGAAGCUGCUUCUGCUGGGAACUGGAGAGAGCGGCAAGAGCACUUUCAUCAAACAGAUGAGAAUAAUCCAUGGUUCAGGCUACUCGGACGAGGACAAGAAGGGCUUUACCAAACUGGUGUACCAGAACAUCUUCACCUCCAUGCAGGCCAUGAUCCGUGCAACUGAGACCCUCAAGAUCCCAUACAAGUAUGAACAGAAUAAGAAUAAUGCCCAGAUUGUGCGUGAGGUUGACGUGGAAAAGGUGUCGUCAUUUGAUCAGCCGUACAUUGGUGCGAUAAAGAUGCUGUGGGCCGACCCUGGCAUCCAGGAGGCCUAUGAUCGCAGGAGGGAGUACCAGCUCUCUGACUCAACCAAAUAUUACCUUAAUGAAUUAGAACGAAUAGCUUCACCGGGGUACGUGCCCACUCAGCAGGACGUCCUGCGGGUUCGAGUGCCUACCACCGGUAUCAUUGAGUACCCAUUUGACCUGGAGGAUAGUAUCUUCAGGAUGGUGGAUGUGGGGGGUCAGAGGUCAGAGAGAAGGAAGUGGAUCCACUGCUUUGAGAAUGUCACCUCCAUCAUGUUCCUGGUGGCGCUCAGCGAGUAUGACCAAGUCCUGGUGGAGUCGGACAAUGAGAAUCGUAUGGAGGAGAGUAAAGCUCUGUUCAGGACUAUCAUCACAUAUCCUUGGUUCCAAAACUCCUCGGUCAUCCUCUUCCUCAACAAGAAGGACCUGCUGGAAGAGAAGAUCAUGUACUCUCACCUGGUUGACUACUUUCCAGAAUUUGACGGUCCCCAGCGCGAUGCCCAGGCCGGCCGCGAGUUCAUCUUGAAGAUGUUUGUGGACUUGAACCCAGACAGUGACAAGAUCAUCUACUCCCAUUUCACGUGCGCCACCGACACGGAGAACAUCCGCUUUGUCUUCGCUGCUGUCAAAGACACCAUCUUGCAGCUCAACCUCAAAGAGUACAACCUUGUUUGAAGGAGAAACGGAAAAUAGAAAGUGAUGGAGUGAGAGCCAGCAAGAGACCUGUAGCCACCCCACCCCACCCAGACACACCAAAAGCAAACUCCACACACACAUACACCGACAUGAAACACACAGCUGCAUAGAGAUGAGCUUUGUUUUCUACUUUACCAGACCAACUUUACUCUUGCUCUGUUACCUCUUCAGUUGUGUGUUUGCUUCUUUUCUUUUUUUUUUCUUUUUUUUAAUGGUUUUCUUGUUUUAUUAAUCACUCCUCUUGCACAGACACACUUAAACACACUAAUAUACACUAUAACACUCCUAUCACCCGUUUUUAACAGUUUUGGUCUGGGGGGGCUUUCUUUGGGGGGGUGGUCCUCUUUUUGGGCCUUGUCGUUGCUCACAUUUCUUUCUUUCUUUCUUUACACUACAUUAUCCACAGUGUUUGUGUAUGUGAGGUGGUUAGAGGGCCUUCUUUGGGCAGAGUAAGCUUUUAUGGAGUAAGGGCUUUCUCUUGUUAUUUAACCCAUGCAUGCUAUACACUACAGGACGAGGGAUUGAGGCCAGGCUGCAGGCUCUGGACUCACUAUGAUAAUAGGGAUAUAUUAUCAGGCAGUGCUGGGGUGCAGCGAGGCACCUCUUGGUUCCCCUCUGGUCUUUAGUUGUGUAUUUGCAAUUUUCUUUUGGCAAACCUGCCCCAAACCGGAGCACAGGAGCUCUUUUGAAUGUAAAUAAAGUUUUUGUGGUGCUCAUACAAAGGUGAGGGGUAGAUAAAGACAACUACACAUUCUCUAUAUAUUUUAAAUAUUUUCCGCUAUAUUACUUUCUUGGUUAUAUUAUUGCUUUUAUAGUUCUCCUGUUCAAGUUGAAUUGAAGAUGACCAUCCUACAGAAAGAGUCACAAUCUUUUCCUUUAUACGCUGCUUCUCACUGUAAAGAGUCGACCAACAUCUUGAAAGACAAAAAAAAAAAAGAUCGAGACACAGCACUUAAAAGUAUUUACACACCACGUAUCAACUCUCAUGUUAUUUUUUUACCACGUUGCCAAAUUCAAACCACACACGUGUUCUGUAAAUAUAAUUACAUUGCCAGUAUCCUGUUCGUCACCUCAAGUCGUUGAGAUACCAACAAAACAUAUUUGGAAACUGGCAUUGCCGUAGCAAAUGUUUUCUCGUAUUGGAUCUUUCAGACAUCGGCGUGGCGCAACAACUCACUUUUGUGUGGCAUUUCCUUCCAUGUCGACAGUUUGUCUUAAUCACACGGUGUAUCGGUGCCGUCUCCACUGAUGGCGACAAAAUAAAUCCUCCUGUUCACGACCUGUGAAUGACGACACUACAUUAAUCCAGUGCGGUCGUCACUUGUAGAUAAAGCUUUCGCGCUGCCAGUUAACCUCAUUCACAAGUUGGUCUUGAUCGUCCAAAUCGCUCGUCAUCAAAUUGAUUUUACACCAUAUUAUUCAACUAACAUUUGAUAAACUGUAAGUGAUAGCACGGGAGUAAAUACUUCUUUUUUUGUGUCUAAUUUAUCAAUCAAAUCUAUGUAUUGUCAACAGUAAAUGAGACUUCCUCCCUAGUUCCGGUGCAAAGUUUUUCCAGCUGUCGGAGAUGGAAGGAGAUUUUAUACUGCUGUAAUAUAUCAAGACUAUUUUAUGGACAAGUGUUCUAUCUUUCUAAUGAUACUUAAUAUUUUAAGUUGUUGGAGUUCUGUUUUUGAAAUUCUUGACAACGGAAAAACAGUUCCCAUGUCGGGGUUUAUGCUUUAUGCAAAUAGGAAAAUGAAAACAGACAAAAAAAACAAAAACAUAGUGGUUGAAUAUUUACUGUUCAAGGAUGCUUGCUUUUUUUGGAAUUUGUAUUUGGCUCUUGGUACCGAUCCCAUAUUGUGUCUCUUGCCUGAUAGUUGUUUGAAUAUUCCAUUAAGCUGAACGUUGAUAGAUGGCUAUUUUUUGUCUUCACAAUGUAAUUCAGGUAAGUUUUCAUAACUUUUUCAUCACAAGGGCUACUUCUAGCGGCUUUGGUAGAAAUGAAAGGUCUAUAGACGGUGUGCGGUAUAGCAGAAGGUGAAGUUUAUUAAUCAGAAGUGAGAUUACGUUUGUCGUCCCACUGAGGAUGAGGGACACCGGUUUAGUGGGGGGCGGGGGGGUGCAGCAGUCCACACAGAUGCCCUCUUGGCGUUUGUGUGCUGGCUAUUAGCUCUUUGUUCGCUGUUGCCUUUAGAAAAGGUUAAUGACUAAUAUCAAAAGAAAUGGCGUUUCCCAAGGUGCAAAAGCACAUUGUUUGUGUCGCAGCUGUUGUACCUAAACAUUUCUUUUGGUCUUUUUUUUUUUUUUUACAAAUUUUGUGCUGACAUUAUUGGCUUUACGAUCAUUUCUACUACGUGGUUAUGUGUUCUUGCUUCAUCUUAUCAUUGGUAGUGUAGCCAUGGUUGACUUUGCCGUCGUCUGUGUGGAUUCAGAAGAAAAAUGCUUGGACAUCUUAAAAAAAAAUAAAAAUGGUGCAAUGAUUUAAACCCAUUCAGACUAAACUUAACGGAAAUUAUUUAUUUUUAAUCGUUUGCCAAAAUGUUUACACUUAAAAUGGUCUUUGUUCUACUUAUUUAGAUGAUCACAAAUCUCAUGCAAAUGUACGUUAUAUUAAUGAUGCCAUUUAGACUUAAAUGUAAUCCGAAACGUUAUUGAGGGACAUAAAAAUAUGUAUUUAUUCUAAGUGCCACAAUUUUGAAUGAUCUCAGAACAGACUUAUGAAGGUAACGGUUUUAUUUCCAACAUUUAAAAGCCUUCUCUUCCCGCUAAUGUAAGGUUCACACUCUUUCCUCCUAACAUUAGUUUUUUGUGUACUACAUUUCAGCCCAUUUAAACUUUUGAAAUUAAAAGCCUAUGUAGUUUUGGAUGAAUAAAUUGACUUAAGCAGUCUGUUUUUUUCGCUGCUGGGGAAACAUGCUGAUGUCCAUCUGUGUGUUGUGUUAUUUUAAAUUCUGUCAUUUCUUGGCAUCUCCUUAACUACAGCUUUACAACCUUUAGACCCAGUGUGUGUCUCCUUGCACGUCAUUCUCAUGUAGAUGAUUAGAUGUCUAGCAAAUUGACUUGAAUGACUGCAGUGAGGAUGAUAAAGGUGACCAGUGUCAGUGUGAGGAAAUACCCUGUGAUAGUAAUAGUUUUGACUCUCUGAUGAGGUGGUGGUGCCUCUCUGGUUAAUCCAGCGCCAGAGUCGACACAGAGCGAGCGUCAGAUGGGUACACUUACCAGUGUUUGAAUGCGGAGCAGAGCUGGUUCAUUUGUCUAAAAAUCCUCUGCAUUUGUUUCUACUGUAUUUGCUUUAUCUGCACGGAAUGCAAGUUGGAGGAAGUUUGUGCGACAAUCCAUUACAAAAACACUGUGCCAAGCAGAAAAUCAAUCAGCAAUUGAAAAGAUAUCCAAAAGUAAACAUUUGGAGUAACUUGACCCAGAUUUGCAUCUUUAGUUAAUCCAAUUAGUUUUUUCCAAAUGAAGCUUGAGUGUUGAGCCUCAGUAUUAAUGUAUUUAUUGAAAUUAUUUCAAAGUGAAGGUACUGAAAUGGCUAUUAAUAUAAUAUUUUGGUGGUUAUGAUAAGGAGCGCGUUUACAUGUCCACUAUUGUCCACUUUUUCUUUGGUUUCCUCCCUUACUUGAUUGGACUGUGUAUUCUUUCCCCGGGUCGAAGGCACUGAAACUGCAACACUGCAAUGGGCCUGCAUUCAUGCAACUUAGACGUCCUUUUCAAACGCGCUUAUUGGUACUCUAAGCUGUGUGCGUGUGCGUGCGUGCGCGUGUGUGUGUGUAUACGCGUUUGAUGGCUAUUGCUUAUGCUCGAGAUCCAUUCUGUUAAGAGGGAUGGACAUACGGUGAUAUUAAAAGCUAUCUUUGCUUUUUUUUUUCUUCUCUUUUGUAAGGUUGACACACCUUAACAUGUGUAUUUAGGACCACUUAAGAUGAAAGACUUUUUUUAAGAGUUAAACUUUGUGUAGUGGUGUACAAAUUGAAAGUAAUGUAUUUUUGUUUUCUUUUCUCUUUUUUUUUUUUUUUUUUUUUUUUUUAAGUAUACCAAAUGUAAAUUAUGUACAAUGAGUGUGCCAAUCCCCUUUCUUUGUAAAGCCAGACUCUUAACAAGUGCCAAUGUUGUGAAAAAUAAGAGGGCCUGUGAGUUUCAUGGUCCUGUUUUUAAAACAAAUAAACAAUAAGUAUGUGAUUAAUUAACAAAAAAAAAGGACAGUUUUAUUCUAUAUUGAAGAUUAAUAAUGAACUGCUGUUUUUAAAAAUAACUGUCAUUUUAAUUGCAUGUGUUUACCAGGUUAGGGAGGGAGUGGGUGGGUGAGAUACUGUAUUCAUGCAACACCCUCAUGAAAAGGGUUUUAAUGGUUAUUGAUUUACUGUAUUUUAGCCAUAUUUCUCUUUUGUAUGUUUCAUUUCAACCACUGUUGCCUGAACCUCAUUCAGACAUGAAAAUGAUUUUUCAUAGCCUUCUCCUUUAAAUGUUUUGAAUUGGAAUAAAAUAUGUUCCUAUACUCUC